UCAAAAGGUUUAUACUUUUGAGGAGACGACUGCAGUCCCGUUCUUGGAAGAUAAGGAACCACAACGGCGCCGCUGUCGUCGUUGGCUAACCUCAGCGCAGUAUACCCAGACCCAGUGCAGCUCCAACUGCCCCGAAAUGUUAGCUAAACCCUGUCUCCGUGGUUCUUGUGGGCGGCUCGUUAUAGAAAGAAAACGUUGAAAUGGUUGUGUUUCUUUUCUCGUCCGAUCGAUUUCUGAGAUACCCAUCUGCGAUUUAGCCUUAGAUUUUAUGGUUCCCAUCCCUAAAAGUUAUGCCUGUGUCAAGGUUUCUUUUGUUCUCCCUAAAGAACAGCUCGGCGGCAUCUCUGAACCCGUUCAGACGGUUUGUCCCAUCUAAGAGAUUUCAUUCUUCCAGUUAUUUGAGGUCAGCGAGAAGGCCAGACGGUCCUCCCCUAUUACCUGAGAAAACACCAAGUUCUCAUUCAUGGAGUACUUAUAUAGUUCCAACUGCUUUGCUAGGUGGGAUUGGAGGAGUGGCAUUUUUUCUUCACUAUAAUGAUGAGAGACGGGCAGUUUUGAAAGGUCAAGGUGUAAACAUUGCCAGAAGUGCCAUCGAGGGGCCCAUAAUUGGUGGCCCUUUCACUUUGAUAGAUACAGAGGGUCGGUUAGUCACUGAACGCAACCUUAUGGGAAACUGGGUUCUUCUCUACUUUGGUUACACUUCAUCUCCGGACGUUGGGCCCGCAGAAGUUGAAAAAAUGGCCAAAGUAAUUGACAGAUUAGAAUCAAAACAGAACCUCAAGGUCCUACCUGUAUUUGUUACAAUUGAUCCUCAGCGUGAUACUCCACCGCAACUACGUGCUUAUCUAAGAGAGUUCGACUCCAGAAUAAUUGGACUAACCGGACCUGUUGCUGCCAUUAGACAGAUGGCCCAGGAGUACCGGGUGUACUUCAAGAAGGUUGAAGAAGAAGGGGACGAUUAUCUAGUGGAAUCUUCGCAUAACAUGUAUCUGGUGAACCCGAACAUGGAGGCUGUGAGAUGCUUUGGAGUCGAAUACAGUGCAGACGACCUGUCGGAGGCCAUACUCAAGGAGCAGAAGAAAGGGUGAAUUCAAUAGGCCACAAGAUCUGAGUCUGAGACAUUUGAGUCGACAUUUUUAUUUUGCCAACUCAUCAAUCUGCUCAAAAUUUCAUGAGUGUUUCUUCAGGGCGAAUUCAAACGUUAUUGUUCACCAUUUGGUGUUGGAUUUUUUAGAUUUGGAGCAGAAUAGAUUUUGCAAUUGAAGAAAUAAAACCCCUCUUCAUGUUCUUGGUC